AUGUCGAUGUUUCCACCAAAGAAAGUAGCUGGCGAUAAGGUCGAAGCCCCAAAGACCACCAAGAUCACUGUCACCCUCACCUCCACCAACUCCAAGUCUUUGGAAAAGGUUUGUGCCAACAUCAUCGAUCUUACCAAGAAGCACAAGGUCAAGUCUAAGGGUCCAAUCCGUCUCCCAAACAAGACUUUGCGUCUUACCACCCGUAAGUCUCCAUGUGGUGAAGGUACCAACACCUGGGAUCGUUUCGAAAUGAGAAUUCACAAGCGUGUCAUCCACAUUUCCUCCCCACAAGAGUUCAUUGCUCAAAUGAACAACAUUGAUAUCGAAAUGGGUGUUGAUGUUGAAGUCAUCAUGGCCAAGAAGGAAGAGAAGGCUGCUCCAGCUACCACCACUGCUUAA